GGUACGGAACAACACGGAACACGUGAAAGUACAUCGGAUGAUAAUAUCGUACAUGGUGGCUUGAAGAAUGUUGUCAUUUGUGUCACGGAUUGACAAAGAGCAAGACGAUAAUUUGGCUUCAUAUGGAAGAAGCUCAUCUUCUUUUGACUGUGAAUUCGCAAAUCAACGCAUACUACUACUAGAUCUACUGAUACUUCGUAAAAUUAGAUCGACACUGGAACUGUCAUAGAUCUACAGCAUCAUUAAACUUGAAGCCCUCGCCAUCAUCAGUUCACCGACCAGCGCCGGAGCAGCCGGGUUACAACUUCUCAAAAUCGCGCCUAACUUCUCAUCUCGAUCUCCCGCAGUGUGAGCUUGCGCUUGUACGUCUUGCCAAGAUUGUUCCUCUUCCUCAAAGAAAAUUGCACAGGCAUAGACCUAUAGACUGCGAAAAUAUGGAAGGGGUCAAUUUGAAGCCUGAAAGUUUGCAAGAACUUAUUGAAACCCUUCACAUCCUUUUUGCCACAGACAAAGUUAACAUUGAAGAUGUUCAAGCUGCAAUGGAAAAUUAUGAAAGUAAUGAAGAUGACUGGGAAAAGUAUGCAGUAUUCGAACAUUACAGGUACACAAGAAAUCUUGUUGAUGAAGGGAAUGGCCGUUUUGAUUUGAUGGUGCUGUGCUGGUCAGAGGGCCAAGGAAGCUCGAUUCACAGUCAUUCCGACGCACAUUGUUUUAUGAAGGUUCUCGAUGGGACGUUGAAGGAAUCUACGUUUGCUUGGCCAGAAGAAUCAAAGAAAAAGAAUGCCAUGACUCAGCUAGCAUCCAAUACCUAUGAGAGAGACCAAGUAGCUUACAUAAAUGAUUCUAAGGGUCUUCAUCGGGUGGAGAAUCCCAGCCACAGUGACCGCGCCGCCAGUCUUCAUCUCUACUCUCCACCAUUCCAAUCCUGCCAGUGCUUUGAUCAGAGGACGGGUAAAUCAAACACCAGUAUGGUCACCUUCUGGUCUAAAUACGGGGAGAGGACACCUUAUAAACCCAGCCGCUCUACGUCUGUAUGUCCUGAACCUGAACCUGAGAACAACUAGAAGUCAACCGGAUCAGUUCCCCCAUCCACGAGUGACUCAUCAAGGAGGCGUAGAAGAGGAAGGGGCAAAAUCACCAGUGUAUUCUUAAAGACUUUGAUAUCAGAGAGACAUGAGUUACAUGUAGGCUACAUCUAGUUUGAUCUGGAAUAUGACUGAAUUGCGCUGAAAAAUUUGCAGUUUUAAAAAUAAACAUCCAUUAUGAUUGUGAAGAUUGUAUGAAAAGUAUUAGGGAAUAUCAUUUCGAAAUUUGCCCUUUUUAUUUGUUUGUUUUUUGCCUGUGAUCACCGCUGAUUUGUAAGCUGAGACUGAAGGAAGCACUAGACAAGGGUGUAGCCAGCUAUCUCUGCAGUAUGGGAGCGGAGAUUCUGUGGCUGCAACUCAAGUGGUUGCCUCCAAAAGAAAAUAUUUUUUGCAUGUUGUUGUUUAUUUUGCUCUAUUCUUUCUUUAUUCAUAAUCAGCUGUUGUACAUAUAUCUUAAACAACUCUUAACUGAUAACCCAUGCCUCAUUACAUGUAAAAGAAAUUCAUCCUUGUACAUAAUACAUAAAACUGAAAUGUCACAAUGAUUUGUGACACCCAAAAAAAAAAUCAAAACAAUCAUAUUUGACUACAGCAAUCGCGAAUGUAUUUUCCACAAGUGCCUUAUUAUAUAUUUUUUAUUCCAGAAAUAAAAUGAAAUGUAUUUUAUGAACAAAGAUGGUGAUGGAAUAUCAGAUUGAAACCAAUGUUGUAAAAUCCAGCUCGGUGUAUUGUAAACUUGGUUAAAUUAGUUUCCUUACUCAUGUAACUUUAACCUUUGUGGUAACAGUAUCAAAAUAGUUAUAUGUGGUCUAAUUGCAACUACAUGUAUCUGCUCCUUUGUGUAUUCUUUGUUCUUUCUUGUAUCUUAUUAAGUCCAUGUUUGAACCCUGACAGAGUGGGCACAGUUCUUUUAUUGAUUUAUGGAACUCCAGGUAUCAACCUCUUUAUCCUGUCAAAAUUUCAGUCAUUUUGAAAAUUUAUGAAUUAACAAAAAUCAUGUCAUUAUGAUUAAGAAAUCAAUGUCUUAUUUUCACUUCAUGACUUUAUACUUUUUAUGUAUCAUAAUAUUAUAGUAAUCCAUAUUUUAAAAAAGAGAAAGAGAGGAAGGGAGAGGGGUUGUGACAAUUAAGGACUACAAAUGGGUACAAAUCAGGACUCCAAAUUAGUUUUGUUUGUUCGUUUUCUUGUCGAGGUCAUUUUAAAAUCAGGUCACAUUCGCCAAAUGACUAAUGGUUAAAAUUGGUGGUUAUUUGUCCCUGAAAUCUAAUUCAACUUGAUCUCAUCUCAUCUGUAUUGCUUUCACUUAUCCAUAUUGCAUUGAACCAUUGCCUUGGUGUGCAAAACAGUUGAUGUAAUAUGUAACAGAUCAGCAGAAUAGUGGAAUGCUUUAUUAUCUUCAACUACAAUUACCAGUAUAUCCCUUAAAUCUAGUAAAAUUUCAAUCCAUUCAAUAUAAUUGAUAGUGCAGUACCCUGCAUAAUCCGGUCUGUAUUCAAACCAGUAUUGUGUGGGUAGUAUAGAACACUGGUGAGCCAUAUGAUAAUAAUGUUACGCUUUCUUGCACAUCAAUUAUUUAUGUUAAAAAUCUCCAAUUCACCAUCGUGCUAAUUUAAUGAGGACUGCAGGGUUUUAUUAUUCCUGAAGGUAGUAAUCUCCAUAUUAAAAGUGAGGGUCAUCUGAGCAUAUUGAUAUUUCCAAGUACCUGUAUUUAGAAUUGUGUUUAUUAUUUUACCAUUUAUUUUAGGACAAGCUGUAUGGAAAUAGGCUCCAACUUCCAAGUUAUCCCAUAGAAUAUUGUAUUGUAUAAUUGUUUUUACAGUACAGCAUAGUAGAAAGCUAGAAAUUGUUUGGGCUAUGGAGUUAUCAAUAGCAUUUAACAAAAUAAAUAUCUUGUUGCAGAUCUUCCCCGAGAGUGUUCCUGAUUAGGAGAUGAAUGAAGACAUUAUAACAUAUUAUUAUAUAAAUGUGCAGCUGAAGUUAAAUGUUUUCAUUUAUUAACUUUGUUUGUGAAUGAUCUGCAGCAAUUUUAUGUACCGAUUCUAGUAUUCAAUUUUGCCUUUCUAUUAUCUUUGAUGACUUUUCUUGCGAUGACGACACAAUCGCAUCAAAAUGAUCAGGUGAAUUUGAAGCAGCAGUGUUUACAUAAUGGCUGAAAUGUUGUGAGAGAUUAAAAAUUGGAGAAAUAUAUUUAUUUGAUUCUCGACAAUGUGCUCUUUGAUGUAUUCAAACUGCAGUACCGGGAAUAAUUCAGACCUAUUUUCUUUCUUUCAUUCAUAAUAGAGUAUGCCUUAUUCGGAGAAAGAUUCCCCCUCUCUAUGUUCUUUUUCACCCUGAUGUUCCAAUUCAAUCAGUUUUAUGAAGUAUUGUAUCAUUUUAUUAUUUGCACAUGGUAUUUUUUAUAGACUUGACGAUUAGUUUGAGACACUCGUAAAAACCAGAGUCAAACAUAACCUUGGGAGCUGAAUUUCUGUUAUUUCCGUUAUGUGCUUGAGUUGAUAAUUCAUGAUAACAUUGUAUGUUAUGUAAAUUGACACAGAUGGCACUGUUGUUGACUUUGCACAUAUGUAUGUCAUUGAACAAGUACCAUAUGGCUUUAUUUGAAUGAUAAAUCAUGUAAUGUAAAGGGUUAGACCAAGAGAAUAUGGAUUACAACUAUUUAAUCUUCAAAAUGGCAACAUUUUAAGUUGACAUUAGUAUAAUAUUACAUGCAUAUCAGAGCUGCCAACCUCCAGAACCGAAAAUCAGUAAUCACAAGGCUCAAAAUCAGUAAUUUUGGGUAUAAAUCAGUAAUUUCCUAUGCGGCGCUAUGACUCUAAUAAAAACGGCACGCCAACAUUGCACAGACACAUGAUUAUCUGACAUUUUUGGUGAUUUUACUCACACAAAGUUGUUAAAUAAUGAGUUUCAUAUCAUCACAACACAGUCUUCCAGGAAAAAUGGGGGAAAAAAAAAA